AUUCACAAAACGACAAUCUAAAAAGCUCCCACCAUUAUAAAUAUCCACCCAUAACCUUCCACCACUUCGAUCCAUUUCCUUUUCCUCUCCCAAAAUGUACACGGCGGUGCUCGCGGCGGCGCUGGUAGCUGUAGCGGCCACAAUCUGGGUGUUGAAGAAUGCGAACCGGUGGAUCCACGAAACCUUCCGGUUGGGUUCAAAACGGUUCAACCUCCCACCCGGGGAUCUGGGCUGGCCGUUCAUCGGCAACAUGUGGUCCUUUCUCAGAGCUUUCAAGUCCUCUCGUCCUGAUUCUUUCAUGGAGUCCUUCGUCGCCAGGUAUGGACGUACGGAUAUGUACAAAUGUUUCAUGUUUGGAAGUCCAAGUGUGAUUGUGACAUCAGCUGAAGCAUGCAAAAGAGUUUUGAAUGACGAUGAUGCGUUUGGUUCGGGAUGGCCUCGUUCUACCUUGAAACUCAUUGGAGAGAAGUCGUUUAUUGGGAUUUCUUCCAAAGAACACAAGCGUCUUCGUCGUAUAACUGCCGCGCCUGUUAAUGGCUACGAGGCAUUGGCUACUUACCUGACGUAUAUAGAAAAUAUGACGGUUGCUUCAUUGCAAAAAUGGCCUUCCAUGGGACAAAUAGAGUUCUUAACUGAGCUACGUAAGCUUACUUUCAAGAUCAUUAUGUACAUAUUUCUUAGCUCGGAGAGCGAGGUGGUUAUGGAGGCUUUGGAGAGGGAGUACACAACCUUGAAUUAUGGUGUGAGGGCUAUGGCUAUCAACAUUCCCGGUUUUGCUUACCAUAAAGCACUCAAGGCACGAAAGAAUCUCGUGACGACAUUUCAGUCGAUUGUGAGUCAGCGAAGGAAGGAAAGGGACAACAACGUGGCAACGACAAGAAGAGAUAUGAUGGACGCUUUGCUAGAUGUAGAAGAUGAGAAUGGUAGAAGGUUAAGUGAUGAAGAAAUCAUUGAUGUCUUGAUAAUGUACUUGAAUGCAGGCCAUGAAUCUUCGGGCCAUACUAUGAUGUGGGCAACCAUUUUCCUACAACAACAUCCCAAUUUUCUUGGAAAGGCAAAGGCCGAGCAAGAAGAGAUACUUAAAAAACGACCUCCGGGGCAGAAAGGUUUAACUCUUAAGGAAGUUCGAGAAAUGGACUAUCUUUCAAAGGUAAUCGAUGAAACACUACGAGUCGUAACAUUCUCCCUCACAGUAUUUCGAGAGGCAAAGCAUGACGUGAACAUUUGUGGUUAUACCAUUCCAAAAGGGUGGAAAGUCCUAGUUUGGUUUAGAAGUGUUCACUAUGAUCCUGAAACUUAUCCGAACCCUAAACAAUUUGAUCCUUCAAGAUGGGAUGAUUUCACACCAAAAGCUGGAAGCUUUCUUCCAUUUGGAGGAGGAAGUAGAUUGUGUCCCGGAAACGAUCUUGCAAAGCUAGAAAUCUCCGUCUUUCUCCAUUAUUUUCUCCUCAAUUAUCAGUUGGAAAGAGAUAAUCCAAAUAGUCCCGUGAGAUAUCUACCCCACACGAGGCCUAAAGAUCAGUGUUUGGCAAGGAUCAAGAGAGUUGGUGGUCCAUUUGAUUGAAGAUUUGGAUGAAAUGAAUGGUCUUGAAAUAGUUGAGAUUGUUUUUACCUCGAUUAUUGUUUAAUGUGAUUACUUCGCUUUAAUUUUCGUUUUAAGAGUCUAUUUAGCAAUAUGACCUUCUAUCUUCGAGAAAGGAUCUUUCACUCUGAUUCAAUAAGCAACCUACUUAUAUGUACUUGGGAGAG